GGGAAGGAUGGAUGGAUGGAUGUCUCCUUCCUUCGAAGGAAGGAGGAAAAGAAAGGAGCAAAGGAAGGAUUGAAGGAAGGAAAGAGAAGGAAAGGAGGACGGAGAAAGGGGAGGAAGGGAGGAUGGAGGAAGGAAGGAGUUUGCCUUUACAGGCUCUGAGCAUCCCAGAGCCUCCCUUCCCUGUCGCGCUUCCUGGGGAAUCUGCAAAGGUGGGCGAAGGAAUAUUGGGAAAUUAUAACUUUAUUUUUUUAAAUGAAAAAAAAGACCUGCAUUUCAGCUUUACGAUUGGAGAGUCGCCUGAGUGGUGAAGGAGGCAAAGUAUUCACUGCAGAUGUCAGAAAACACUUUCCUCAGCUCUGCAAAGUGUUUAAGGCACACAUUUCCAGUCCAAACUCCGAGCUCAGUAAUGCAGCAUUGCAGGCCUUGGGAUUCUGCACUUUUAAUUCAGCUAAUACAGCUGAAUUAUCUGCCCCAGAAAUGCAGGAUCUGCUCUCGGCAGUGAACGGCGUCGCCGUGAAAUCUUCCGACAAAAACACCCGCACUCGGGCACUUUGGGUCAUCUCCAAGCAGGCCUUUCCUCCUGAAGUUGUCAAAAAGGAGGUGUCCAAUAUUCUCUCUUCCCUGGAAACAAUCCUUACCAAAGGAGAUGUACAGUCUGUUGUGGUUGAAUAUGAAGCACUUAAUGUCAUCAUACGCCUGAUGGAGCAAACCCCAGCCCAGAUGGGAGAGGAGGCUGUGAGGUGGGCCAAGCUCAUCAUCCCUCUGGUUGUCCACUCUGCUCACAAGGUGCAGCUGCGAGGGGCCACUGCCCUGGAGAUGGGGAUGCCACUGCUCCUGCAGAAACAGCAGGAGGUGGCAGCUGUCACCGAGCACCUCAUGACCACAAAGUUGAUUUCUGAGCUUCAGAAAUUGUUUUCUGCAAAAAACGAGACUUUCGUGCUGAAGUUGUGGCCACUGUUUGUCAAACUGCUUGGGAAGACUCUCCAUCGUAGUGGGAGUUUCAUCAACUCCCUGUUGCAGCUGGAGGAACUUGGAUUUCGGAGUGGCUCCCCAGUGGUAAAGAAAAUUGCCUUCAUUGCAUGGAAGAGUCUCAUAGAUAAUUUUGCUCUAAACCCAGAUAUCCUGUGCAGUGCUAAAAGGCUGAAAUUACUGAUGCAGCCCCUGAGCUCCAUCCAUGUGAGAACAGAGGCUCUGGCACUCACCAAGCUGGAGGUCUGGUGGUAUUUACUCAUGAGGCUGGGAACUCACCUGCCUUCAAACUUUGAACAGGUCUGUGUCCCAUUAAUCCAAAGCACCCUGAGUCUGGAUCCUGCUGCUGCAUUCCCAGGAACCCCCUCACGCCUUCCAGCCAACCAGAGCUUGGGCUCAGCCACCCCUGGGCAGAAACCAGGUCCUUACCCAUUGGUGAGUCCAGCCACCCCGAGGAUAAACCUCAAUUCCAGCCCAGCAGGAGGAGUGGUGUUUUCUUCCAUCCAGCUCCUGGGCAUUGAAAUGCUGCUGCACUUCCUGAUGGGACCAGGAGUUUUAGAUUUUGCUAAGCAAAACAAACUUGUACUCAGUUUAGAGCCUCUCCAGUCCCCACUGAUCAGCAGCCCUUCUUUUUUUUGUAAGCAUGCCAGCACACUCAUCAAUGCAGUGCAGGAUGGCUUUAUUGCCAUUGGAAAAGAAGUUCCUGAUUGUAUGCUGAAUGUUAUAUGGAAGGACAUAAAUGGAUAUGUGAAAACAGCAAUUGAAUCAGGAAAUAAGAAAGAAAAGCAAGGGUCAGAAAUCCUCACUAUGUUGCUCCAGGCCUUGAAAAACAUUGUGAGAUCAAACUCUCUUCCUGUGCAGAAAGUACUGUCCCUCAUUGAUAUUACUGUUAAGGAGUUGCCUCCAAAAGUAUUGGGAUCACCAGCUUAUCAGGUUGCUGAUAUGGAUCUUUUAAAUGGAACACCAGCUUUGUUCUUAAUCCAGCUGCCUUUCCAUAACAACCUCCUGGAAUGCUGUGUAACAGAUGAGAGAUUCUUUGUGAUUCUGGAAACACUUGUGGGUUAUGUCCUGUCUGGGCCCACAUCUCCCCUGGCUUUCAGUGAGUCUGUGAUCUGUGUCAUCAACCAGAGCUCAAAGCAGGUGGAAAACAAGGAGCACCUUUGGAGAAUGUGGAGCAUUGUCGUUAAUCCUCUGACAGAAUGGAUUAACCAGACCAACGAAGUGAAUCAGGGGGAUGCCCUGGAGCACAACUUCAGUGCUGUGUACAGUGCAUUGCUACUGCCAGUGUCACACAUCUUCCCCACCCAGGGCUUUCCCCAGCCAACCAUGAAGACCCUGCUGCGCUCGUGGUCGGAGCUGUACCGAGCCUUCGCCCGCUGCGCUGCCCUGGUGGCAACAGCCGAGGAGAACGUGUGCUGUGAGGAGCUGUGUGCCAAAAUUAUGGCUGGGCUAGAAGGUGAAACUCCAGUAAUGUUUUCCAUGAUGGAAGGUCUCACCCACGUUGUCUCAGUCAUGGUUGACUGCAUCAACUUUGCUCCAUAUGGUACCAAAUACCAGCCAAAAACCAGAUCUCCACAGACCCCUUCAGAUUGGUCUAAGAAGAAAAAGGAGCCCCUGGGCAAACUUGCCUCUCUCUUUAAGCUCCUGGUGAUGUUACUGGACUCCUUCCACGUGUUCAGCUCCCAAGAAACCUGCUCAGAAACACUGAUCUCUGUUGGUCCUUCAGUCCUUGCUGCUCUUCACAGCAUCAUCAGCCACAUUUCGCUGCCCUCAGUGAUGGGCACCAUGUUUGCCAUUUUUUCCAAGCCCCUGGCAGUGUUUUAUGAAAAAACCAAGCUCCCUGAGGUACCUAAAGUCUACAGUAAUCUUAACAACAAGCUUGAGAAGCUGCUGGCAGAGAUUCUGCAGUGUCUACAGUCCCACUGCACGGGCUCCUACGACAGCGAGAUGCUGGAGCAGCUCUCCCCACUGCUCUGUGCAGGGUUCCAGCACAGGAGCAAACAGCUCAGGAACCAGUGUGCCCAGUUCUGGAAUUCCACCUUUGCCAAGACUGCCUCACUCACAUACCCUGAGGAGUUAAAAUCUGUGUUAAGCCAAGCCAAAAAGAAAGUUCCUCUCCUGCUGCCUGGCUUUGAAAGCAUUGAGAUGGGUGAAGAAUGCAGUGGGCCCUUCUCUGACACGAUGGAAAAUUCCCAGCUGGAUGCAAAGAUCAGUGGAAUGGAAGUGAAGCUGGGUCAGAAACGAGAUUCUAUAUUGGCACAGAUGAGCGACCAGAAAAACGAUGGAAAAGACAAGUCCAGUAACGUGCAAGUAACACCUGCAAAGUUAAAACUAGAAUUUGCAUCGUCAAAGACUCCAAGUGAGGUACUUCUGGAAGAGGAGAAAUCAGUUGAUUUUGUGUUUAUUCCUCCAGAAACAAAAGCAAGAGUAUUGACAGAACAUCAGAAAGAAGUGCUGAGGUCAAAGAGGGUUGACAUUCCUGCCAUGUACAACAACUUGGAUGCAUCACAAGACACCACCUUAUUUUCUCAGGAUACUCAAGGCCAGGAGGAUUCUUUGGAAGUAUCACCUUUAAUAGAAAAUGCCAAAGAAGAUACUGAAAGCAAGCCUCAGGAAGAAAACACAAGGAGUGAAGGGUGUCCCUCAGGGGAGAGCUCAGCUCCCAGCAGCGAGGGGGAGUCACAGAACCACACAGCUGAGAUGGUUCCAGAGGAGCCAUCAGCUGGAGAGCAAUUAGAGACAAGCUCUGGGGAAGCAACUUCCAAGGAGACCUCGGCAGGGAAUGAAAACACUUCCAAUGCCAGCAACAGCUCAGCUUCCAGCGAUGUAAUUUCUGGGACCCCCCAGCCCGUGAGCCGCCGGCAGUCCUUCAUCACCCUGGAGAAGUUCAGCGGGACAGAGAACAGGCCCUUCAGCCCAUCACCACUGAACACCUUCUCAGAGCUGUCCAGAGGGGCUGCCCUGGCAGGCAAACAGGAAAAUACAAGUGUAAGCAAGACCAGUGCUAAAGCAGAGAAAUCCGGAGAAGAAAACAAAAAGCCUCCGGAUCCGGAGCCUGUCCUCGCGGCGAUCCGGAGGCUCACGCGCCGGCAGAGCAAGAUGGAGCUCCAGGGAAACAAGUCCAAGCUGAUGAACAGGUCAGAACAGGAGUCUCUUGCCUCUGACAGCAUGGACAGUACUCCUGAGCUGUGCUCCACGGUAGAGGACGUGGAGCAAAUCCUCCUGUCCCAGUCGCAGGCUCUCCACUCCACAGAGGCAGACAUCAGGAAAGUCGAGGACACCAUUGCGGAGAUAGAGAAGGCCCGGGCCUUGGACAUGGAUUCCAAGGAAAACACCCCCCCAGACACCACCACCUCACCCGACCAGGCCACAGGGGAGGACCCCCAGGUGUCACAGGUGUCCCCUCAGCAGAAGGUGCUCCGACGUUCCUUGAGGCGCCGGUCGGAGACUGCAGAGAGCUCCUCGGGGAGCCAGGACAAGGAGGAGGGGAUCCAAAGGAGGGACAGGCGGAAAGAGGAUGACAAAUCUGGGCAGAAGAAGGUGUCACAGCCUAAGGAUGAUGGAUCCCCAAAGCAAAAGGGGAUUUCUGGGAAAACAGGAGAAAAGAUGAGUACAAAAGAGAGCAGCCAACCCGAGAGAACUGCAGAGGACCGGAGCUCCAAGGACUCUCCUUCCAGGGGCAUUGAUGAGGAAGGGAGCAGGCGUGGCAGGAGGGCAGAGGAGCCCCUGAAGGCUGAGGGGGAAGGUCAGGACAGCAGCCUGAAGGUGGUGGAGCGCCCACGGUACCACACCAGGAGAGCUGCCCAAGGGUUGCUCUCCAGCAUAGAGAACUCAGAGGCUGAGGGCUCUGCCAAGGAGGAAAGCACAAGGAAGAGAAAAUACACGAAAGUGAAAACCAGAAGUGAUUCUCAGGAAGGUAAAUUGAAAGAUGGGCAGCCAGGAAGCCACAGCCAUGAAGUGUCUUCCCAGGAAAAUGAAACUCAGAGUCUACUGGAAGCAAAUAAAGGGGAAGCUGAAAUCAGCACAGCUGAACCAUGUGGCCUUGAAAACCAGGGAAUUCCUCCCACUGCUGGUGAAGUUGUGGGAUCUGCCAGCUCUGGGAACCCCCCUGCUGCUCAGAACACCAGUGAGGAGCAAAACCAGAGCGACACAGUGAUGGAGUCACUGCCCAGCCCCUCUGUGUGUGAGCAGGAUGGGAAAGCAGCACAGCAGAACCAGCAGGAGGAGAGGCAGGCAAGCCCAGGGGGCUGUGCACCAGCAGCAGAUGCUUCAGGGGCUGAGCAUUCCUCCCUGCAAACCCCUGAGUGUCACAGCAAAAGGAGCAGGAGGGUGAAAAAAACCAAGAGCUGCGACUGCUGUUUUAAAAAGCCAAAGCAACAAAUAACAUCGUUCACUGAAUCCAGAAAGAGGAAAACUCCUGAGCCGGACGAGCCCCAGAUCAGCCCGGUUCAGACCCCUGGAGGGGGCUCAAAGCUGUGUGGGCACUCAGAUUUUGAGGAAAGCUUCUCCCUGGCACCUUGUGCCAUGAGCACUCCGGUGCAUCCCCCAAAGCAACCCAGGACGGGCGACUUGGAAAGCCAGGGAACAUGUGUGGGUACCCUGCAAGGAAGCAGUGGUGGGAUGGAGGUGGAGCCAGAGAAUCCAGAGUGUUCCGCGGGUGAAACUACUGACUCCAUAGAGGAAAUAAAGGAACCUGCUCAUCAGAAGGAGCCAACGGAGCAGGUUCUGCCAGGGGGUGUUCCAGGGGAGCCUGGUGAGAGCUGCCUGGCCUGGGAGAGCCAAGGGGAAGGACCAGCAGCUCCAGAAAAGGGAAGAACAACAGCUCCAGAAAAGGAUGGAACAGCUACUCCUGAAAAAGAUUUUACAAUGUCUCCAGAGAAGGGAGGACCAGCAGCUCCAGAAAGGGAGGAACCAGCUCUAGAGAAGGAGGGAACAGCAGCUCUAGAGAAGGAGGGAACAGCACCUCUAGAGAAGGAGGGAACAGCAGCUCUAGAGAAGGAGGGAACAGCAGCUCCAGAAGAGGAAAUAGCAAUGGCUCCAGAGAAGGAGCAACCAGCAGCUCUGGAGGAGGAGGAACCAACAGCUCCCGGGAAGGAGGAACCAGCAGCCCCAGGGAAGGAGGGAACAGCAGCCCCAGGGAAGGAGGGAACAGCAGCUCCAGGGAAGGAGGGAACAGCAGCUCCAGAGAAGGAGGGAACAGCAGCUCCAGAGAAGGAAGAAAUAAGUCAGAAUGGACAACUGGAAGAGGUGCCUGAGGAACUGCCUGUUGAUAGCAAACCUGAGGAAAAGGAGAUCAACAAUCUGGAAAGCAAUCAGGAUGAUAAAGCAGAAGCUGAGAUUACUGCAGGAGAAACUUGUGUUAUUCCAGAGAAAGAGAUGAAGGAGGAAUUAAUGGAAACUGAAAUAACAAUGUCUGAAAAUGCAGCCUUGGAAAAUCCCAGUGUAGAGUCACCUCUGAAGGCAGAAGGUGAUGCUUUGGUGCCGGUGAAUGAGAGCCCCACCAGCAUCCAGGCCCGCUGCACGUGGUCUCCCUCAGCUUCCCCUUCCACCAGCAUUUUGAAGAGAGGUGCAAAGAGAAGUCACCAAGAUGAUGAGUCCCUGUCACCUGCUCACAAGAUCCGUCGGGUGUCCUUUGCAGAUCCCAUUCACCAGGCGGGGCUGGCGGACGACAUCGACAGGAGGAGUCCCGUGGUCAGAUCCCACUCCUCACCCUCUUCCAAAAGCCUGAAAAUCUUGUCCAAUAUUCAGACUAAGCACAUUACCACUCCAACCAAAGGAUUUCUGUCCCCAGGAUCUCGUACCCUUAAAUUUAAGAGCUCAAAGAAGUGUUUAAUUACAGAAAUGACCAAGGAGUCUCUGCCAUGCCCUAUGGAACAUGUGUACCCAGCCUUGGCUGGCUGCAAAGCUCCUGUGGAUGUCAUUUUACCCCAGAUCACAUCAAACAUCUGUGCCAGAGGUUUGGGGCAGCUCAUCCGAGCCAAGAACAUCAAGACCGUGGGGGACCUGAGCUCUCUGACAGCCCUGGAAAUCAAAACCCUUCCCAUCCGCUCUCCCAAAGUCUCCAAUGUCAAAAGAGCUCUCAAGGGAUAUCAUGAGCAACAGGUAAAGUCUCGAGUGUCGGAGGAAAUGGUGGUGCUUGAGGAUGCUGAAAAGCCUGUAAAUGAUGUGGAGGAGAAACCACUCUGUGUAGAUGAAGAAAAGCUUGGAACAGACCUGGCUGAGCCAGCCAUGCCCAACACGAGCGACCAGCCCCCGGCAGAUCUCCUGAGCCAGAUCCAGGCCCUCUCUGCCCAGCUCAGCUCCGAGGAUCUCCACAGCUAUUCUGGGAGCCAGCUCUUCGAGAUGCAGGAAAAACUUGCUGACAUGUCCACCUGCAUCCUGAAAAACCUGCAGUCCCGCUGGAAAUCACCACCCCAGGACAGCUCCCAGUAGCUGCUUCCCGGGGCUCAGUAAGGAGGAUUUUGUUACAACAGGUUUUUUCCCCCCACACACCUUGUUUUUCUUACUGGUGAAUUACUCCUUAAACUGUGCAUUUUGAACAGAAGAUAUUUUUUAACUCCUACAUCAAUUUAUUGUCAUGGGAUUGUUGGGUUUUUUUCCCCUUUUUGUUGUUGUUGUUGGUUUUUUCCCCCCCUAAUUUGUGGGACUACUUCCUCCCUGGCAGAGGUAUUUGUCUUGUGUUGCUAUGCAUAUUUCUUUCAGGUAGUGAAAGGGAACUUGACAAGAGUUGUGCAAUAGCAAAGAGACUGUGAAACCAAACCAACAGAGUAGUUAAAUUAUUUUUUCAGACCCGAAGUGUUCUUAGUGCUGCAAACUCUUCCUGUGGGGCCAGAGCUGCAUCUCCCAGCUCUGCUCCUCUGCUGCCCCGGGGGGUUCCUUUGAGCUGCUCAGACUCUGCCAGAACAGCACCUGUGAGGUGAGCUGGGCUUAAUUCCUUAAGCAGGAACCUGGGAUUUGUACUGGAUCUAUUUUUCCACGUAUUUUUGUACGACUCACACUAAGAAGUGACAGGAUGGGCAUGCACAGACUCUGUGAAGCCUCCCGGGCUUUGCCCCAUGUCCAUGGGUGGCAGCAGUUCUCCUGGUGGGAGAAGACUUUUUCCUUGGGGAAAUGAAUGGAUUUGGCAAGAAGCUUCUUGUAUAUUGUGUACAGACUGACAGCAGAUGUUUGGUUACUAAUUUAUGAUCGGGAUUUUAAUUGCAUGGAAUGCAUUGCUGCUUCUCGGAGACCUUCAGCGAGAGUUCCCGGGCUUUCCUCUGGAAUUCUGAUCUGUAUAUAUUGUACUGUAGCUAUCAGAGUGGGUGUUUAUUGGAAGGAACUGCUGCAGGUGCUUUUUAAGACUUACACAUGGGCAAAUAAAAGAGAAAAUAGUUCCCAAA